UGUCAUUGUCAGUGUCAAGCAAAUUGAACUAAGCAAAAUUUCUUCUCGAAAAACUAAUUGUUUAUUUCAUUCUAUAGCAAUAAUUUUCUAUAAAUAUAUGGUUGUGAUUAACUGGUGAUAUAAGAUUUAUAUUUUUAGAAGAAACAUUGUGAUGCUAUAAUGUCUAACAAAACCUACAGUAAUUUCGUAAAAGCUACUUCUCCUGAGCAAGAGGCACAAAAUAAACAACAUACUGGAACAGUUUUAAGUGGAGAGGAAGCCCGAAUAUUAUACCUUGAAGAGGUAAAGCAUGCGAAAGCAACAAAUUGUACAAAAAGGCCACGUGCAACUGAAAAUAACAAAAAGGUUUUGAUACAAGAAGAAGUCACACCUCUAACCAAUAAGGAUUUAUUCAUUACUGUACAAAACAAUGAAGUAGACAAGCUUAAACGUGUAUUAGAUAGUUGCCCUGAUAAGAUAAACCUUAUUGAUGAAUUCGGAUGGAGUUUACUUAUGAUAGCUUGCCAGGCAAACUCAGUUGAUGUUGUGAAACUACUACUAGAGAGAGGCAUAGAUAUGUCUGUUAGAGAUAAAGGCGGUAACUCCGCCAGAAGCUUAGUGAUUAAGAAUAAAAACUACAUUUUAGCUGACAUUUUACUAAGAUACAAGCAAAAAGAAACUCCAACAACACCAAAACAUGCAAAUAAAAAAGUUAAAUCAAUAGAGGAGUUUUUAUGUGAGAUUUGUAAUAAAACAUUUCCUAGUAGAGAAGAUCAUUUAUCAUCAACAAUACAUAAUAUUAGUGCAAGCAGAGGCAAGAAAAUAACAGCAAAAUAUGUUUUACCAGAGUCAAAUAAAGGAUAUCAGUUGAUGUUAAAAGGAGGUUGGGACAAGCAGUCUGGCUUGGGACGGGACGGCUCUGGUAAACUGUAUCCUAUCAGAACAGUACAGAAGAAAGACAGGAAAGGCCUUGGACAUGCAAAACAAACAAAUAUAGACAAAUCACAAGACAACGUGAAACAUAAAAAUAGAACAAAGUUGGCAAGAGACCACCGCAGUGACAAAUCAUUUGAAAUAAAGUUUAGGCGGGAAUUCUACUGAAA